AUGCCAGGUUUCAUGGUCAUCUCAUGCGGGUUAGAGGGUGAGCUCGACUGCCAUGGCUUCGGCGACCUGUCGAAUGCUGCGGUCGGGGCGUUGUUCUACGCUGUACAGACGCGGAGGGCGUUAUUUAUCAACACUGGCAAACCACACGUGUAUGAUUUCCUCGAAAGUUCGCAGUUGGAAUGGGGCUUUGUUGGAGCCGUUGCCGAGUGUGCAAUGAACGGCGCCCCAAAAUUGAAAAAGUCCGAAUCGCCACUCAUACGCUUCACGGAUGAAAGCAAAGGUGACACGGCAUUCGGCCAGACUUUUCCUCUGUCUAGUUGGCUCGAUUUUUUCUGGCUCCAUUUGGGAUUGUUUCAUCGAGAUAUCACACUGAAUGAGGGUGUCCUGCUACCACCGGCGCUGGUCAUCACAUCAUACAAUGUUCUCAGUGAAUACAGAUUCAUGUUGGCCUUCUAUGGAGAGCCGAGAGUCAGCAUGAGUGUCAGUAAGGAUGACUAUAGGUAUGUGUUCACCUACGGAUGCUUACUACGUACACUGUUCGAACGCCCGACUCAAAAGAUGUACAAGCACGUUGCGGAACCUAUGGAGAUUAUGACGCGAGCUGACGUGAGUGUUGCUGUGCACAUUCGAUUUGGCGAUGCUUUGAUGGAUAAGGAUAUUAGCGAGUUCAUCCCGGGACCCGCUGACAGGCGAGUCAAAGUUGAUCGCAGUGGGGUAGACCCUUAUUGCGUUUGCGGCUGGAAUUUUGUCGAGCAAACACUGCGGGGAAAAACCAUAGUGGACAAGAGGGAUACUGUGAUCAGCGACUCGACAACGGAAUUCAAGGCCUUUGACUCUAGUUCAGAUGGAGCAUUAGACAUAGCCGUGUUCACUUUGGCCGAUUCAUCGCGGGGGGUCAAGUUAAUCAAGGACUAUUUCCUUGAGAAGCACGCCCGAAGCGCGGUGUGGAACCCGAUUGCGGCAAAGAAGUUCACCGACAAAGACUUCGGCAAAGGCGGCAAGUGGAUGCCGGAUGACAAGACAACACAGACACAGCACAACACGUCGAAGGACCAAGAAAGCAAGCAAUCGAAUGUCUUAGUAUUCAACACCGCUGGUGCGCCAAAACAUGUGGCCGUGGAUACCGAUAUGGAGUCUGAUAUCAAGGCUAUGGCCGAUUGGUUGAUAGCGAGCUCGGCUGACUUUGUAGUCACGUCGCGCAGCGGAUUCUCGUUCAGUGCGUCUGCGAAGAGUCUGCACCCCGCAGUCACGCUAUUCCAGUGCUGGAUUCAUAACUUCUAUUUGCACUGA